ACACGUUCUCUGAAGUACACUAUCUCCCCCUGUGCGCUAUAUUUUAUUAUUCCAUAGUUGGUUGUUAUCACUAGCAGAGGUGAAAGUGAAUUAAGUAUUAUAUAAAAUGGCUGAAAGCGCACCAGUAAAUAUGACGAAAUUAGUGUGCCCGUUUUAUUUAAAUUCUUCCUGCCAAGAAGGUGAUCGGUACAAUUAUACACACGACGGGUCAUGUAGAUCUCGUGAAAAUAUCGCCGGUCGUUUUUCCUUGAAAGGCAUUUGCAUGUUUGGUGAUAACUGUUGGUAUUCUCAUCCAAACACUAAAGAGGAUGUUCAUUAUAUAUCUCAAUCUAGUAAUGAAGAGCAGAAUACUGGUCCUACCCAUCAACGGACAAGGGGUCUGGAUAUUUUUCCCGCCACGAGAAGUCUUCAAAAUUUCAACACCAGUUUAAAUGGUGAGGCAUCUCUUUGUGGUGAAUCAGAUUUACGCGAAUGGACAAAUGCACCUGAAUUCGUGCCGGCAAACAACAAAUAUUUAGCCACUUCUACGAAAUCAAAUGACAGUGGUGAUAGUUCACAAAAUGAGCAGACUUCUGAAUCAUCAGCUAAACUGGAUAUGGAAUUCUGCCCGCAUUUCUUUGAUGGUGUUUGUCCAUUCGACGAUUGCCCAUGCAUCCACGGAGAGUUAUGUGAACUGUGUCAAAGAUAUUGCUUGGAUCCUUUUGAUGAAAAGCAACGAGGUCUUCAUAUUGCAGUCUGUAGGCAUGAGAGAGAAACGGAUAUUCGACGUGAUUUGUCAUGUGGUAUAUAUUUGGAUAUCGUAAUGGAAAAAGAUCGAGUUGCAGACCGUCGGUUUGGUAUUCUUGAGAAUUGCAAUCACGUGUUUUGUUUAUCCUGCAUUAUUAAGUGGAGAAAAGUGCGAAAUUCUCAUGAAGAAGAUUUAAUAGAUCCUUCUGUUACUCGUGCUUGUCCCGAAUGUAGAGUACCGUCUAGAUUUUACAUAACCA